UCACAGUCCAGUCCACUACUCUACCUACUCGGCACUGGCGAUCCUUGUUCCCCUUUUCCUCCGUCUCUCCCCUUCUUUGGUUCUUCAAUUCUCCGAAUUUAUCCACUCUGCUUGUGUUGGUCUGCUGAUCUGUUAGGGUUCAGUUCAGGAGCUCAAGCGCGCGGCAAUGGCGGCCCCCGCUGCUGAAGCCCCGGCGCCCGUCGCGGCCCCCGUUCUCCCUCCUGCCAGAAGCAAGGAUGCGGAUCCGGCUCGUCUCCAAACCUCGCCGCUCCUUCCGGCCGCAGGCUGGUCGGACCUCCCGCCCGAUCUCGUCCGCCGCGUCGCCGACUCCCUCGUCGCCGCCAACGACCUCGACUGCUACAUGGACUUCCGCGCCGUCUGCUCCGGCUGGCGCGCCGCCACCGACGACCCCAGGAGCGACCCCUUCGACCCCCGCUUUCGCCCGCGCCGGUGGGUCAUCCUGGACGACGGCGACGACCUGCUGCUGCUGAACGCCGCCACGGGGCGCUUCCUCCGCAAGAGGAUCCCGCUGCUCCGCCGCUACCACGUCCUCGCCGCCACUCCCGGCGGCUUCUUCGUCCUGGCGGACAGGUACCCUUCUCGAGCCGCCUGCGUCUUCAAUCCUCUCACCGGCGUCCUGAUCCGGUUCGCGGCACCCGUACCCACCAAGAAGGUCGCCGCCGCCACUGUCGUCUUCGGUCGCAGCUCUUGGCCCACGCUCACGCUCAACUUGCUCUGCGACUCUCCUUCCAAAAGUUACUCGGCCACUCCUGACAUGGCAAGUUUCCAAGAAAAGGAGGUGCAGUUGCCCAUUGAUUGUCAUAUCUCAUUGAAGGCAGUCAGAGGCGGUGUCUACGCCGACGGUGGUGGCGCUGCGCAGGGAUUCAGGCACGGGGUUUCUGUUAUAUUCGAGAUCUUCGAUUUGAUACAGUCACUUCAUGUCCAUCCAUCAAUGUUUUAUGCUGAGGAUCUUCCUGUGGCCGGACACGCAAACGACCAUACCCGUUUUUUCAUCGUGGAAUUCGGUGGAGAAGUGCUGAUCAUCAUCAAGCUGCAGCGAUGCGUCAAGGUUUUCAAGAUGGACAUCGGUAGCAUUGUGCCUGUGGAGAGCAUCGGCAGCCAUGCCAUCUUCAUCGGUCAUCACAGGUGCCUGGCUGUUGACACCGAUAAGUUUCCAUCUGUUGAGUCCAACUGUCUCUACUACGUUGAGCGCCUGGGUUCGUCCGCGUACAUCUGCAUGUACAAUCUCAAGGACGAGAAAGACGAGAGGAUCUCAGCUGGCGCUGUAGAUUUCGUGAAGCUGCACGAGUUGUUCGUCCUCGCCGCCCACCGCCCUUUCACCAUCAUCCAGCUUCUCUCCAGCUACACCAUCAAUGUCUGGGAUUCUCAACUGCCGCUACAACAGGGCGCCAACUAACUUUUGGCUAUGAAAUGGUUUGACUUUCUCUCUAGUACCUUGCUAAGAAACAGACUUGACUCUAGGUUAUGUGGAACUGCUGUUUGUGGGCUUAAAUUAGGACCAGAUAUGAACCCAAUGCUCCAUCUGUUUUGCCUGAUGCUAUCUUUUGUCUAUUUGCACUUGUUCUUCCAUUGUUCACUUAGUAAUGCAGUCUGAUGCUAGCAAAUUUCAGUUCAACAUUUUUUCCAUUUCUGAAUUCAGCCCUGCAACUGAAUCGUUAAAUGCAUGCGUCUCUCUGUUGUUUCCAUUA